GUUAUCUGCGCUCGCCUUGGCGUUCGUUGCAAAUUGCAAACUAUUGGUUUGGUCUGUGAGCACACUUCGCGCAUCUUGCCUCACAAAUGAGCACCUACAAGGGGUUCAGAACGCCAGAAAGUAGCUCCAAACAUGCCUCGCUUUCCUCGGAUGCGGGCGGGGCGUCCAGCUCGGCAUCCACGCCCACUCCUCUCAGUCUCGUGCCAGAGAAGGCUGUGGUGGGCCACCAGAUACGCAGCAUUGUGCCAGCACAGUUCUGGGGAGCAUGCGUGGCGUCGGCGUCCAGCCCCGAUGGCGCGCUGGCGUCAGCGGUGUGCGAUCCUGCACCGCUGCCGCUGCUCGCCGGCGCGGGCCUCUCGCGCCCCCACCUCGUGCUGGCGACUCAGGCGCUGAAGCUGCCUGGUCGACCGUCGCUUGUGGGGCUGCCGUCGGUGUGCCAGGGGCAGGGCGGACUGGUGGUGGACCGCGUGUUGGCACACAGCGGCGGCGACGGUUGGUGGGCGGUGGUCAGCGGCCGAGCCAAAGUGGGCCGCAUGGUGGCUCAGCGCGGCGACGUGGCGGCGGCGCUGACGGAGCCCUCCAACUACAGCCUGUGCGCCAACAGCCGGGUUCAGCUGCGCAGGAACACCAUUGUGCGCACGCGGGUGGACUGGAGCCCGGCCCCCGCCACCGGCGGCCUCAUACGCCGCCGCGGUGCCGCGCCGCGCGCCGCCUCGGCGCCAUCACACGCCGGCGCCGCGCCGCCGCCGCCGCUGUCGCUCUCCUCUGAGCUGCGCUCCCGCCUGGGCCCCCGUGCCGAGGUCCGCGCCGACCUCGCGAUCGCGCAGCGUGUGUCGGUCGCGCACGACGCCGCCGCGCCCGCUUCUGCUGGCGGCCUGUUGGGUGCAUUUGGCGGCGGCGGUGCUGGCGGUGGCGGAGGUGGUGGCGGCGGUGCCGGCGCCACCACGCCGCUGCUGCUGGGGCUGCAGGCGGGCACGCCGGCGUCGUCGCGGGGGCCGGUGGUGUGGCGCGUGGGCGCACUGCAGGUGACGGCGCCGAGCACGGUGCCACUGGCGGGCGUGGACGCGGCUGCAGCCGGCCGCAGCAGCGGCAGCAGCAGCGGGCGGGCCGGUCUGCAGAGCGCCGUGUACGUGCAGGGCACGGCCGCACUCCAAGGCGAGCGCUUCCUGUGGCGGGCGCCCAAGACCGCGCCGCGCCGCCGCCGCGACUCCCCGGCGGCGGGCGACGCCGCUGCCGGUGGCGGCGCCGGCGGCGGCUCAGGCGCGGAGGAGGAGCGCCCGCCGCUGCCACCUCCCUCGCUGGGCCCACACAACCCGGUCCGCCAGGCCGCCACCUACAUGCUCACACGCAUGGGUCGGGACGACUCAGAGGAUGCCGGCCGCCGCCGCGGCAGCGGCGGCGGCGGAGCCACCGGCGCCGGAGGCGCCUCCAGCUCCGCCGGCUCCGCCGGCGGCAAGACUGGCGGCGGAGCCGCCGCCGGGGGCGGAGCUGGCGCCGCCUCCGGCGGCGACGGCGAAGCGCCGUUUGGCAUUGCGCUGCCUGCCGCCAGCAGUGUGCAGGAGGCGCUGAUGGACGCGACCCAGUCCAUCAGCCGCCUGCGCGACGACGUGACGCAGGCGACCCAGUGGGUCAGUGGCGGCGGCCUGGUGGAGCAGUUGGAGAAGGCGCACGUGGACACGGGCACGGGCGGCGCCCCCGCGGCCGGCAAGAAGCACGGCCACCACCCCCACCACCGCCGCAAGACAGGCGCUGCUGCCGACGCGGCCGAGCCAGUGCCCUGGAGCGCCUUCGUGGGCGAGCCGCACGUCAAGGUCGCGGGCGUGGCGGGGCUCACGAUGAGGGCGCCCGUCAUCCGCAUGACACACGGCUCCGCCGCCGCCACGGCGGCGGCGCCGCCGCAGCCUGCCGCUGAUGCCGCCAUGGAUGGCGUGCCUGCUACAAGUGAGGGCGGCGGAGAGCUCCAGCCGAGCCCGCUGUCCGGCGCGCUGCCGGUGCGGCUGGAGUGGGUGCAGGACCUGGGUCUGCGCCGCUUCCUCAGCCGCAGCCGCCAGCACUCGGAGGCGGCAGCCGAGCAGGAGGCGGCGGAGGCAGCCGCCACGUCGGCGGCGCCGGGCGGGCGCGGCGGUGGCCGCGGCGCGGUCGGCUCUCUGCGGCCCUUUGCGAGCGCGGCGGCGUCUGUGCAGCUGGGCCGCUUCAGCCGCUGGGUGGCGGACUUCACGCGCUUGACGGCGCAGCUGGACGCCGGGCUGUGGGGGCCGGCAGUCAAGGGCAGCGCCGCCGACCCGCGCCCUGCCGGUGGGCCGCCCUGCCAGCGCCACCCCGCCUUCGCGCUGGGCGACACCGGCGCCUGGCACUCCCUGUCGCUGUCGCUGUCGCAGCAGCUCAUCGGGCCGCUGCGCCUCGCCGCCGACUGGCGCUACGAGCUGGGCUCCCACCGGCCGCUGGCGCUGCCCGCGCUGCGUGGCCCGAGCCCGUCGGGCGGCGCGGCAGGGGCCGCAGGCGCCGCGGAGGUUGAGGGCGCGGGCGCGGGGCCUGUGGCAGCGGGCGGCGGGCUGGCGCGCGCUGCCAAGUGGGUGCCGGGCGCGGCGCGCGGCGUGGCGGGGCAUGUGUCCGGCAUGCGGCCACAGCUGCUAGAGUCCGUUUAUGCGCUGGACCUGGCGCUGCCCGGCAGCCGCGGCGCCGCGCGCCUGGUGGCGUGGUGGGCGCCGCGGCGGCGCGAGGGCAUGCUGGAGCUGCGCCUGUUCUGAGGCGGCGGCGCGAGAAAAAGCGGGGGAGGAGCGCGGUGUGCGGGGGGGGGAGGCAGCGUGGGGUCGGGCUGAGAGGGAUCACACGGCCGGAGUGGCGCUGUGCCUGUGGAGUCCGGAUGCCAAGCGAUUAGCAUGCGCGUGGAGUUUGUAGGCGUGGAGUUUGGGGCUGAGGCUGGGAGGCAGUUACGGCCGGAGGUAGUGGUGGCAACGCAGGUCACAAGGCGGCAUAUGCGUAGUGGUAUGUGCUUGCGCGCAACAAAACUUAUUUGGUUGCGAUUUGACACGGUUUUUUGGGCAUGUGGGUCGGGGCAUAGAGUGGCUAGGCGGCUGCAUGCUGCGGUAGCUGGUACAGUGUUUGUGAACUGAGUGGUGCAGUGAAGGCACCGGGCGUACGGGUAAGUAAGAGUGUCAAGCAACAAGGAGGUGGCUGCCUUUAGGUACUUCGGCAGUGGCUGCAGUCGAGGCGGCAAUCGAGGAUGAGUCACAGACCUUGCAGUUUCCGU